AUAGUUAUACCUGUCAUUCUAAGAAGCGUCCAUUACUUCUUUAUGAUAUCAGUUUUCAUGAAGAAAAGCCAACGGACAGAGGACAUGUGAGCAGAGUGAAAUAUACACUUUGCCGUAAUAUCAGUAUGUCUGUUCCUGUCUCAGGUAAGAAGACCUCAGUGGACCAUGGCGUUCAAAUUCGCUUUAUAAAUGACCUGCAUGACACUCGUGGUGGAGUAAGUGGGCAGUCUCGGAAAGAAGGCUCCAAAAAGACCUCUUCUCGCUAUGGAGUAGCAGUAAGGAUACAGGGUAUCGGGGGACAGCCAUAUGUUGUACUGAAGGAGGGCGAGAAAGGAGACUCUUAUGGAGUACAGCUGAGAACACAACCACCUGCGUACAACAGCCUGCCCAGGAGGAGAGAGGAUGGGGUAAUCCAGGGGCCAUAUUUCUCAUCUGGAGAUAACAGCCCCCUUCGUAGAGCUCAUUCUCAUGGCUCCCUUUUGGAGAGGGACAGCAGCAGCGAUGACUUCACUGACCAACAUAGUCGUCCGCUUGGAGAUGGACAAUCUGGUAGCUAUGGCAACCUGGAUGGAGGUGUCGGAGUGGGAGCAGAGCAACCGAGAGGAAGGAUGGAGAGAAAUCAUUGGGGUGGUUCCUACCAGGCAGGGCUGAAUGGAUCUCUUGGGAGAGGUGGAAGCAGUUACUACACCUCAUCAGAAUCUUUCGAAAUAUCUCCACAAGGCGAGCACACGCACAGCCAAUCAGCCCCCAGCUCCAGACGACACACUCCUGUUCACAGACUCGUCGAUAGGUUUGAUGGGAGCUCUGCUGUACAGUCAAGUAAUGCAGGGGCCUCCGCUAGGGGGCGCUAUCCCGGCCUGAAUGCAGGAGACAGACCUGCGUCUGUCUCUCCAUUACCUUCAUCUGUUCCAAACACAUACUCCUCACCUCUCUCUUCCUCACCUGCCUCUGCCUUCAGCAGCUUGGGGCGGGGCUCAAAUUCUGUUGCCAAGUUUAAAGCUGUCACUUCUUUGGCCUCAUCAGUUGAGUCACAUGUAACCCCUGACCUUUUGAUGGACCAGGGCAAAAGUUCAGGGUCAGAGUUCUCUGCAGAGGAUCAAAUACAGCAGAUAAUCUAUGAUGUUCUACGACAGGGGAGUACAGAGGGAGAUGCUACCAUUAAGCACAGGGUUCGAAUCAUCUGUGACAAUAUUCAAGGACUGAAGGGAUCUCAGGUGAACAGAUCUGAUGACUCUGUGAAAGAGGAGCUUGAGAAAUCUCUGGAUGAAAAUGUACAGCUGCAGGAACAGCUGGGAAGGAAGAACACCGAGCUUCACCAAAUACAUUCAGAGCUAACUCAGUUCCGAAUGGACCGAGAGAACGCAGAGUCUCAUGUGAGAGAACUGGAGGAUCAGCUGGCAGGACUACAGGAUGAGCUGAGGAGAGAGACACACAACAGGGCUCAGGCCGACACAAUGCACAUGGAGUUGAUGGCUCUUAGAUCUGAGUUGGCUGAGGCAGCAGCGCUCUGUCAAAAGCAGGAAGACACUCUGAGGCAGAGAGAGAGAGAACUAACUGCUCUGAAGGGAGCACUGAAAGAGGAGGUGUCCACGCAUGACAAGGAGAUUGAGACUCUCAGAGAGCAAUACAGCCAAGACAUGGAGAGACUACGAGCGAGCAUGGAGCAGGUUUCACAGUCUCAGGCAACUAUAGAAGCAGAGCGUCACCGUGUGAACACCACGGUAAGGUCUCUUCAGCAGCAAUUGGAGGAGAGCAAUGAUGAGGGAAACCACUGGAGAGAGCAGUUCCAGUCCAGCAGAGAAGAGCUACGCAACACCAAACAAGAGUUACUGCAGGCUCGUCUGGAGAAAGAGGAGUUUGAGGAGGAGCUUAAAGAGCUGCAGGAGAAAGUGAACACCAUGAAACAUCAGAUACCUGAUCACAAACAGACAAAAACAGUCAGCCAGGAACAUGAGCAUUGUCGUGCUGACCUACAGAAGGCGCAAGCAGAGCUUGAUAAAUUAAAAAUAGAACAUGACAAGAAGACAAUGGAAAUUGUCUUAUUAAAGAAGAACAUACAGGAGCUUGAAGCAGAGCACAAAUAUGAGAUUGACAGGUUGAAGGACCAAUCACGAAGAGAUAAAGAAGAGCUGACAAAAGUACAUGAGAGGGCCAAACAGCUAGCUGAACCCUCAUUAGUGGAGGCCCUGCGUGGGGAGUUGAAUGACAUGCGAGAGGAGGUGGAGCGACUGCGCAGUAAGCUGCUCUCAGGUGAAGAAGAGCUGCAGGCUGAGAAAGACAAACUUGGCUCUUUUCAAACCCAAGCAAAUACUCUGACACAUGAGCGCAAGGAACUCGAGGAAACUAACAAGCGUAUGAAGGAGAGAAUUACACGCCUGGAGACUCAGCUGCAAGAGCGCACAUCUCAGAGUGUUGAGGCCGAGCAGGAGCAGCAGGAGGAGACAAGUAGACUGAGGCAGCAGCUGGAUGAGUCCAGGCACGAGAGCUCCAGAUUGGGCCUAGAGCGGGACGAACUGGCUCGUAAUCUUGAAGAGCGAGAGAGGGACAGAGACGCUCUCCGCAAGGAGAACACACAGCUCGAUGACCAGAGGAGACAGCAAGAUAGAGCACUAGACAAACUUAAUAAAGAGAUGGAGCGCUUGUCUGCAGCGUCUCGUGAGGAGGUGCGGCUCCUGCAAUCUCAGCUGGAUGAGCAGAGAGAAAAGUGGAGGAAAGAGCAGCAGGACUCACAGAAGAACACUAAAGAGAAGCUCAGUGAGCUGGAGAGAGCUCAAAGCACCAUCCACUCCCUGCAGGAGGAGAUCGCUCGUCAAAAGAAGGAACUGCUCUCAUGUUUUGAGGAACGAGACAAUGCUAUAUUAGAUAAAGAGCUCCUCACCAACCGCCUCAAACAUCUGGAGGGUGAAAUGGAGGCACACCGCACCACACACAGUGACCGCUCACGAGACAUCCGCAGCAUGGAGGACAAAAUCAAGCAUCUGGAGCUUGAAUUGGAUGAGGAGAAGAGCAGUUCAGAGAUGCUCACAGAAAGAAUAAGCAGGAGCAGGGAUCAGAUUGAACAGCUGCGUACAGAGCUCAUGCAAGAGAGAUCCUCUAAACAAGACCUGGAGCUGGACAAAAAUGCUCUGGAGAGACAGAUAAAGGAGUAUAAGUCCCGUAUAGCUGAGAUUGAGAGCCAGUCACGUUCCUCUACUGGCGUGUCUCAGCUGGAGAGCAAAGUCCAAGAAUUUGAGGAGCGAUUGCGCACAGAGGAAAGAGAGAAGAACUCCGUUCUGUCUUCUCAGCGACGCUUGGAGAGGAAACUAAAGGAACUGAACAUCACCCUGGAUGAGGAGAGACAGCAGCACACAGAGCAGAGAGACCAGCUGGCUCUGCGUGUGAAGGCUCUGAAAAGGCAGGUGGAUGAGGGAGAGGCGGAGACAGAGCGGCUGGAUGGAUUGAGGAGAAAAGCCAUCAGAGACAUGGAGGAGCAGCUGGAACAGAAGGAGGUGCUACAGUCCAGAGUUACAGCGCUAGAGAAUGAACUCAAGAGAAAGAUCCAGCAGGCCAGACAGUCGGCUCUGGAGUCUUCAGUUCUUAGCUCUGAGGAUGAUGACGAUGAUGAUGGACUGUAUGAUCAUUCCAGCAUAACCUCCAUCCUCACUGAGAGCAACCUACAGACCAGUUCCUGCUGAAGAGGGAGAGGAUAUUAAAAUGGUUAUAAGGUGGUAAAACUUCUACACUGUUCAGGUUACCAGCACCACCCCAUAUUAAUCAGUAAUUUAAACAAAUUGUAAAAUCUGGUUGCAAUUUGGGGUUAAACUCUCUUCUUUCUAAAAAAAAAAAAAAAAAAACUUUGACAUUAUUUAUCUAGACCUCAAUUUAUCCAUAGAGACCCUUUUAGUGAGAGCCUUAAUGAUUCAUUUAGAUUAAGUGUAAUUUUGUAAAUGGGAAAUAUCUGAAACCUCUUUAGAGGAAUUACAUCAGGUUAAAAACAUUUAGAAAAUUUAGAAAUUGAGAAUAUAAUGAGAAUAGAACUUAAUAUAACUGAUAUUUAUCCUUUGUGUAGCCUGCAUAUAGAAGUAUAGAGGUUAAUAGCAAAGUGAAGUUAUGUGCAUAUAAGAAAGACAUCAGUCAUAUUUAAAGGGGACAGAAUGGUGGUUGAUAAUACUGGAUUCAUAUUAGUUAAAUGCUGUGAAUGCAACAAUUUUAUUUUCAUGAAGGGUGGUAAAAAUGAUCAUUUUAAGAGCCCAGUGAAUUAGAACUCAUCAUGAGCACUAGUGUAUUUAAUUUUUUUUUUAAGAUGAGAGAUCAAGGUAUUAGUAGUGGGGAGGUGACCACACAGUAAUAGUCCAAACAUGCUUCCUAAAGAAUACUUGUGUUCCAGUUUUAAGUGCACUAGGUUAGAAAGGGGGAAAUGAAGUUUCCUCAGAAUACACUUUUUCUUUCAUUUACAGAGCUUAUUAAAGAAGGCAAUGAGUGAAUCAACAUUACAUAUAUGCACUAAUGAUGCUAAAACAAUUCUUAGCAAAAAAUUAUAUGACAAAACAACAUAAUCAAACUUAAUUUAAUAAAAUUAUGAACAUAUUAUGAGCUUCAAGAUCAAUGCCGGAUUACUUAUAGCAAAUCUUAUUUAGCAUUAAAAAAAAUAGCAGAGGCAUUCUAAAUUAACAAUAUAAUGUAAACUUGUUUUUUUUUUUUUUGGUAAUAGCACAUCCGUUUUUCUGUUCUCACCAAAAUUCUUUGAUUGGUUAAAAGUACCACAGAUCAAGGUAUUAUUUCACUAGUGUCCAGACAUGCCUGGUGGAAUGUUAUAUUUUGAAAAAUUACAAAUUAUGUUAUUCUGUUGCUUGUUUACCAUGACUACUCGGACCCACUCUUGUUUGCUCAAGCUACAAUAUUUAAGCACAUUUAUUUAAAUAAACUGAAAUCAGCUGAUUUAUCCUACCGUGCAUACUUUUCUUAUGAAUACUGGAUCAGGCACAAAUUUGAGUCUGGAAUUUUCAUAAUACCAAGCUUUUUCACAUCUAUAUUUACAGUACUUUUAUCUAUGCACACCGUUUUGAUUAAUUUUUUUAUUGUACAACAUCACUACGAUGCCUUGUAAGUGUUUGUUUUUUUUAUUGUUGUUUCAAAGUUGAUCAGAUUGAUUUAUCUUUCAUGUAUAUUGUAUUUAUGUAUUUGAAAUAGAAUUUGCAUUAAGCAAUGAUCAAAUCAAUGCUUUGUAUUUUU